UCUCAGCCCUCUCCGAGCUGGAAGCAGCAUGUGGGUCCUGGCCCUGAUCUUCCUCGCAGCAGCCUGUGUGUUCUCACUAGGGGUCACUCUGUGGGUCAUUUGCAGCCAGUUUUUCACUGUGCACAUCCCGGCAGCGGUUGGCCACCCUGUGAAACUGAGAGUCCUUCAUUGCAUCGUCCAGCUGCUGGUGACAUGGGGGAUGAUGUUUGAGAAGCUCAGAAUCUGUUCUAUGCCCCAAUUUAUCCGUUUCGUGCACGAUCUGCCGCCGCUAAAGUAUGACCCCGAUGUUGUGGUCACAGAUUUCCGCUUUGGGACAAUCCCUGUGAAGCUGUAUCAGCCCAAGGCAUCCACCUGCACCCUGAAGCCCGGCAUCGUGUACUACCACGGUGGCGGGGGCGCCAUGGGGAGCUUGAAAACCCACCAUGGCAUAUGCUCUCGUUUGUGCAAGGAGAGUGACUCUGUGGUUCUGGCAGUUGGUUACCGCCAGUUACCUAAGCAUAAGUUUCCAGUGCCAAUAAGAGACUGCUUGGUGGCCACCAUCCACUUCCUGAAGUCCCUGGAUGCAUACGGAGUGGAUCCAGCCCGGGUUGUGGUCUGUGGUGACAGUUUGGGAGGGGGAAUAGCCACGGUGGUUUGUCAAAAACUUGUGGACAGGCCAGAUCUGCCCCGGAUCCGAGCUCAGAUCCUGAUCUACGCCAGUCUCCAAGCCCUGGAUUUACAAACCCCUUCCUUUCAACAGAAUAAAAACAUCCCCCUGCUCAACUGGAGUUUAGGCUGCUACUGUUUUUCUCAAUAUCUGGAUUUCAGUUCCUCCUGGCAAGAGGUCAUCAUGAAAGGCGCCCAUUUGCCUGCCAAAGUCUGGGAAAAGUACAGAAAGUGGUUGGGCCCAGAAAACAUCCCCGAGAGAUUUAAGAAGAGGGGCUACCGACCGAUGCCCCCUAAGCCUGUAAAUGAAGCUGCUUACUUGGAAGUAAGUGUUGUCCUGGAUGUGAUGUGCUCGCCUCUGAUUGCAGAAGAUGAUGUAGUGUCUCAGCUCCCGGAAACUUGCAUCGUGAGCUGUGAGUAUGAUGCUCUCCGGGACCAUUCGCUGUUGUACAAGAAGAGGCUGGAAGACCUGGGAGUGCCCGUGACCUGGUGCCAUAUGAAGGAUGGUUUCCAUGGAGUGCUCAGCACCAUUGACAUGAGCUUCUUUCACUUUCCGUGCUCCACGAGAAUUCUGAAUGCGUUAGUCCAUUUCAUAAAGGGGCUGUGA